AUGUUUGCAUAAAGUUGAGAUUAUAUUAUUCCAUCAUACCAUCAACCACCAGAAGGGGUCGCUUUAAUUCCGCUCUUUCAUUGGUUUUCUCGCCGAAGAAUCCAACACGCCGUCUCAUUAUAGAAUCCGUAGCAUCUGACUUCGGGAUUUCUAGGUUUCUUGUCUACCUUUCACGAUUCAAAAAUCAUUCUCUCCGUCUUAUUUCUCUGUACAUAUUUUCUCACUCUCAAGGUGAAAAAUUUAUAUUGGUUCUAUUUUUUGAGGUCCAGUAUAAAAAGGUUAUUUGGCAUUUGUCUCUAGAAGAGAGAGGGUACUGGUUCGCGGAUUUACUGCAGCUGCGAGCUCAGCGUCCUCUCUCACCUCCCCUCUCUAUCUUCAUGUUCUUAUUACUACAUGAGAUGCUCUGUUGAUAUAUAUACCUUCAGCGUUUGAGCUUAUUGGUGAGAUUGGAGAAGGUAGAGGGAUUGAGUGAGCAAAUAGUUUGGAGCUGGCAUCAUGGGGGCUGUUUGUUGCUGUUUGAGUGAGGACUGUGAAGAUUAUGUUAAUCCAAAUAGUUCCAUUUACAGGAACUGUAUAUGUCUCAGUUGCUUUGUUCAGAACUUCUUACAUGUGUAUACAUCAUUAUUUCGGAGUGGGGAAUCACAUGCCAACCUUACAUCCAUUCAGGGAACAACAUCUUUGACUUCUCCGUCAUCACUUGAUGAUUCUCUAUCUGACAUGUACCGUUCUCCACCAAGGCCUUUACCUUAUGAUGCUGAUCCUACUAGAUAUAUCCGUUUACAACGGGAUGGACUGGUUUCAAGACGUGAGAAGGGAUCAAGUCAUUUACAUGAAGAAUCUGAACCACUGAGAAGAAGUGAUAAUGAUGCUGAUUCAGAAUCUUUAAGUACAGGAAAUAAAUGGAACGAGUCUACAUGUGAAGAAGGAUUAAAAGAAUACAAUUCUAAGGCAUCAGUGAAGCUUUCGUCAGCAAAAAUGGCAACUGGAUAUGCACAUAUAAAUUCUUCUUCAGAAGAUGAAGAUGUCUGCCCAACAUGUCUUGAAGAAUAUACUUCAGAAAACCCUAAGAUAAUUACCAAAUGCUCUCACCACUUCCACCUUGGUUGCAUAUACGAGUGGAUGGAAAGAAGUGAAAAUUGUCCAGUUUGUGGCAAGGUGAUGGUAUUCGAUGAGACGACUUGAUCUUCCGUCGUGGAUGAAGCCAGCAACAAACAGGAAAGGAGAAAGGAAAACAGAGAGAAAAAAAGAAGCAAGUCUGUGAAUAUUUCAACUUAAAGCGUUUGUCAUAUAAUUAAAUGCAAAAAAGUGUGCAGUAUAACCUUGUUGCACGGUAUCUUGUGUAUAUGUUUUCUUUUUUCUUCUUUCUAGCAUUUCCACUAGGGAAAAAAAAAAAAAAAAAAAUUACCUGGGUACUGCACCCUUUACACUGUAAUGAUGAAAAGUUCUGAAACCGAGGAAAUAUAGGCUUCACACAUGGUGCAGUUCUCUGAAACCAAAAGGGAAAGAUAGACUUCACACCUGGUGAAGUGUUUGAUGUUAACUAAGGUCUUCAACUCUUCGUGAACCAGUGGAUCAUCUUGUUAGGUCCGGGCUACGAACGGUUGUGACUGAUCAAAGCAUUUUGCAUUGUGUGUAUAGAACUGAGUCUUUUCCGGAGGGUGUAUCCUGAAAUUUCAUAAAUUUAGCUCUGAUUGGCGAUUUAUGUCAUUA